AUGACAAUAGCGAAGGUUAUAGUCGGAGGAAUCUCCAUUAUCCUUGUUGUAGGCGUAUGCAUCGUUCUCAUUGCAGGCUUAAGCAAUAACACAGACACCUCUGCACCUGAUGAGAAUGACGACAACAAAAUCCUGUCCGCCACCUCAAUGGCUGUUGCUGCAUUCUGUAACCAAACUGAUCACAAGCACCGAUGUGUUGACAGUGUCUUUUCCGUUGCCCGCAACCAAAGCGCCACCUUUAAUGAUUUUCUCAAAGCUGCCAUUAGCUAUACCAUCGAACAUGUCAAGUUGGCGAUGGACACUGCUGCAACCAUUGGCAAAGAUGCAAAGGAUUCCACCCAAAAAAUGGCCGUGGAGGACUGCCAGGAACUAUUGCAAUUUGCCAUUGGUGAGCUGCAAGACUCCCUCUUAACUGUGAAGAAUAGCAGCUUCGACGCUGUCAAAGAAAGGGAGGCUGACCUUAAAAACUGGCUCAGUGCCGUCAUGUCAUACAAAGAAACAUGCCUUGACGGCCUCAAUGACACUAACCUUCACAAGCCCAUGUCAGAUGGCCUCGUCAAUGCCACUGAGUUAACAAGCAACGCCUUGGCCAUUGUUUCUGCUAUUUCAGACAUAGGAAAUGCCUUCAGAAUCCCAUCCAACCUCAACGCAAGUGCAACUCGACGACUCAUGGAAGCAGAGGAUGAUGGAUUUCCAUUUCCUACAUGGAUGCCAAAUGCUGACAGGAAACUCUUGGGAAGCGCAACCAAUGCCAAUGUAAAGCCUAAUGCCAUCGUAGCUCAGGAUGGCAGCGGCCAAUAUAAAACUAUCGCUGCCGCCCUUGCUGCCUACCCAAAGGAUCUCGUAGGAAGAUACAUUAUUAAUGUAAAAGCUGGGGUGUAUGAUGAGUAUAUUACAAUCAACAAGGAUCAAGUCAAUGUGUUUAUAUAUGGAGACGGGCCACGGAAGACAACCGUCACCGGAGAUAAAUGCAACAAAAAAGGGUUUAGCACCUUCAAGACUGCCUCCUUUUCGGCUGUUGGAGAUGGGUUUAUGGCCAAAUCAAUAGGUUUUCAGAACACAGCCGGAGCAAAAGGAGGCCAGGCGGUGGCUCUUCGCAUCCAGUCAGACAGGGCAGCUUUGUAUAAUUGCAGAAUGGAUGGACAUCAAGACACCUUGUAUCAACAUGCCCACCGCCAAUUCUACCGAAACUGUGUGAUUUCAGGAACGGUUGAUUUCAUCUUUGGUGAUGCUACUGCCGUCAUUCAGAACUCCUUGAUCAUUAUCAGGACGCCCGAUCCUGGACAGAGGAACGCAGUUACCGCUCAUGGAAGAGCAGACAAGCGUGAAUCCACUGGUUUAGUCAUACAAAAUUGCCGAAUUCUUCCAGAGCAAAGUCUAUUCCCUGUGAUAUCUGAGUUCCCAUCAUACUUGGGGAGGCCUUGGAAGCAGUAUGCCAGAACAGUAAUAAUGGAAUCUGAAAUUGGGAGCGUAAUCCAACCGGCUGGCUGGCUAGAAUGGACAGGAAAUUUGUAUCUGGACACCUUGUUUUAUGCGGAAUAUGGAAACCGGGGCCCAGGUGCCAACACAAAUCUGAGAGUAAAAUGGAAAGGAUACCAUGUGUUAACUGAUAAAAGUGAAGUUACUCAGUUCACAGCUGGUCCAUUUCUCCAAGGAGACCAGUGGUUGCAAGCAACUGGUUUUCCUUAUUUACUUGGCCUUAAAAGCCCUUGAAAACAAAAUUCUUGUAAGAUAAUGUGAGGGACGGUCUUUGAUUGCCACCCCAACCCAACUCAGCAGUCAUUAUGAUUAGAAUAAUUACUAGAGUCAUCACCCGUUGUUAUUAACAACACAUAAAAUGCAACUGAAAACAAUAAAAUCUCCCUAUUUAAAGGGAAAUCUCAAUCAAUACAAACAUUUAUUUAUGAUACUGAAGGACCCAUGAAAGACCAAUCAAUUAAAUACAAUAGAAAUUGCAGUCCUUCCUGACUAGUGUUCAUUGAUUUCAUACUUAAUAUUACAUAUGGCAUGAGGCAGUUUGAGUUGAAGGACAGUAAAGUUAAGAUGGGGACCUAAACAAAAGCACCGGCUUUCUUUUUUCCUUUUUUUUUUUUUUCUUAAACCCGA